AUGGAAGGGGUUGAGGAAGAAGGGUUUGAAGGUGCUACUGAAGAGUUCCUAGAUGUUGUUCCUGCUGAUUCCGCAGUCCAUGAUGAUGUAUUUACUCUUUCCAAUACGGUUGACUCUUUUGUAUUUGAACUUGAUUCCGAUGUUUCGGAUGUUUAUGCUCCAACAAAUGAGGUUUCUGAGUACGACUGUGACAUUGCAACUAUAACUAUUUUCUAUCCAACUAAUCAGAUCAACUCUGAAGGAGAAUCUUCCUCUGAAAGAGAUUUUGAGUCUGAAGAUGAGUCUGAGUCUGAAGGUGACACUGAUACUAAAGUUGAGUCUGACUCUGAAAUAGAAUAUGAUGAUUCAGAUUCUAAUGAUGAUCCAGAUUCUGAUGGUGACCAAGAUUCUGAUGAUGAUCCAGACUCUAGUGGUAAUCCAACCUUUGAAGAUGGACCUUAUGAAGGUGGACCUUGUGAAGUUAUAGUUUAUGAAUGUGGUCCUGCUUCUAAAACUAGGCCACAUAGAAUUGACAGAUUCCACAAAGGCUUGUAG